AUUGGCAGGCGACGGGUUUGAAUUUGGAACAUUUUUUUUCUUCCACUAAAAAAAAUAUAGAUGAAAACACUUGUUUUGAGAAUAACACUUUCAAAUCCAAAUAGUUUUUGUAUUCCGCAGAGUUAAAAUAUAUUUAUGUUAUAGGUACUUCUCAGUACAAAACAGUUCAGUAGACAUUCUAUAACCAACUCCAAGCACCUGCUCAAUCAUGGAAGCUGAAGUCAAACAAAUUUUUCCAACACCCUUUACAAUGGACACUGCAAUGACUCCUAAGACAGUACGUGAGCUUCAUAUGAUUAGACUGAGUCAGGAAAUUAGAGAAAAAGAAAGAUGGGCAGAGAAAAUUAAUGACGAUGAUAUCUUGGAACAUUGGAGAAAUGAAAUCAAUGAGGACAAACACUUAGUUGAUUAUGUUUUUGAUGAAUUGAAGUAUUAUGCCAGUCGAACAUCAAAUGGGAUUGAGGUCGGUGCAAUAGAUGGAACAUGGCAGGCAUCUAGGUUAAUAGAUCCUCAAUUGAAAAACAAUUUCAAAAAAUAUGUUCACGAUACCCUAGAAAAUGUAGAUGAAAGUCAGAAGGACUAUCAUCCUUGGAGCAAAAAUCAAGUAGUGGAUCUAGUACAUCCGUCUUUAUAUUGUUAUGUUAAAGGUGUUACUAAAGUUGAUAAGUUAGAUGAUAAACUGGAUUAUAUAGAAGAUGAAUAUAAGACUACUUCCAGUGGAGCACAUGCAAGUGAGUUACAUAUUUCCACAAAACCAGUUGAAGAAAAUAUAUACAAAUACCAAUGGCUACCUUCAGAGUUCCAUGUUGAUUCAGAAGGAAAGGUUUUUAUUAAUUCAUACAUAAAUAAUUUGAACCCCAAGAAACAUGAGCCUUUAUACUCAAUGAUUGGCCAGAUAUUUGAGAAGUUUAUUCCUUUGUUCAACCGUGUUUUAACUGAUUUAUUGAAUAUACCAAAAAACAGAAUAGAAGUAUCAUGUUUUUUAUGGUAUAAAGAUUCGGAAAAAGAUUCUCAUUCCUAUGAUUCAGAAGACUUUUCAAAAGAACCAGAAGAUAAUAGGGAAAUUCAAUGGCCAGAAAUACCCAAAUUCACACCACCAGAACCAGGAAGUGAAAUCGUUGAUGUGAGGGGAAGAAAUUUGCAAGUAAUAGUAAAACUGGCAAAUAUUGAACUGACUCCCAAAGAACCAAAAUAUGCUGGAGGUGUCUGGCAUGUUGAAGGUACUGAAAAUGAAGCCAUCGUAGCCACAGGGAUAUACUAUUACUCAUCUUCGAAUAUAACAGAAUCCAGGUUGUUCUUCAAACAAGGUAUCGAAGAUCCAGAUUAUGAACAGUACGAUGGCCGGGGGGUGAAGGAGUUUUAUGGCCUGGAGGAUGGAGAUCCUCUGAGCCAAGAAAUUGGUUCAAUUGUUUGUGGUGAAGAUUGUUGUAUUGCCUUUCCUAAUAUCUACCAACACAGGGUAGGCCCUUUUGAGUUGGUAGAUAAAACUAAGAAUGGACAUAGGAAAAUUUUGGUAUUUUUUCUUGUUGAUCCGAAUAAAAGAAUUCUCUCGACAAAGCACGUUGCUCCUCAACAAAGGAGUUGGAUUGAAAGUGAAAACAGAGAAUCAAAUCUAAAGUUCACUAUGAGUUUUGAUGAUGCUCGGAUGUAUAGAGAGAAGUUGAUGUUGACAAGAAAGUUUGAUGAAUCUACAAAGGAAUAUGACUUUGGAAAGCCUGAAUGUUUCUAUGAGCGUAGAUUUUCGUUAUGUGAACAUUAAACUCUGAUUCAUAUUAUACAGGUAUAAAAUUUUAUUAAUGCUUAAAAUUGAUCUAAUUCGGUGUCAAGUACUAGAAGACAGGGUACUUAUAAUUUUAUUGAAUAAUAAAACUGUGAUGGUAAUCUGGAAUAACAAAUUAGCUUAACCACUAUUAAAAAUUAGUUUGUAUACUAAAAUAAAAAUGAUAUGUUUCUUCAUAAAUUAAAUAUAUAUGAAAUAUUUUUAU